GUUAACUCUUGAGCAGACAUCCUGAGCUCGGCACACCAACGGCGGCAGAGUUAAGUAUCCAGAAAAUGCUUUCCAGAUCCACAGCCUUGGCUUUCAAAGCCAGCGCAAGUUCUCAGGUCAAGACUGUUGCAAUCAGACAAACAUUCGUUAGAUUCAACUCGAAUGAAAGCACAGAACAAGCAAAAGCUACCAAGAAGCAAUUUAAAAAGCCCUUUUUCGACACUUACGUGGACUUUUUGAAAAGCCAGAAAUUGAACGAGCAAGGUGAGUUUUUGAUUGAAAGACCAACUCGAAAUGAUUACGACCACUCUGAGCUCGCCAAAUACGUGAAAUCAGCUAUUACUGAAAAAGAUAGAUUAAUUGAAGAAAAAUUGAAGGCUCUGGCAAAGGAAAAUGGCCUCAAGUAUGAAGACUUGAAGAAUCAGUUUGAUGCAAAAGUGAAUGAAAAGGCCGAAAUUGUAAAAGCCAAACAUGCUGAAUCCUUAUCAAAAAUUGAAAUGUUUGUCAAUCGUCUAGCUUUGCCAGUUAACGGCCCUUCCAAUUUAGUUUCUGAAUUAUUGGACGGUUUGCUACCAUUUGCGGAAAACUUGAAUGAAGCCGCUGGGUUCAAGUUUAUCUAUGAAAUUGAUCCAGAUUUUGCGAAGGCUUUUGGCAAAAAUAUCAGACUUGAGCCAACUCAAAAAACCGUCAACGAAAUGGUUGAAGCUUUCAAAUCUGGUCCCAUUUCCAAAAUAACAGACUCGCAGUAUGCGGAGUUGAAGAAGCUUUUAGCUGACAAAAAGACUACAGUAUCCCCUGAACCUGUUAAGGACACCAUUGAAGAGGCUCCUGUAAAUGUGAGCCAUCCACCUGUCGACGGAUUGACAAUUCUGGAAAACAUUUUCUCUAACUUGAACACCUACGAGAACAUUAAUAUCUCUCCACUGAUGAAAACCGUUGAAAAAAUAGAUCCUGAGUUUGCUUUGUUAUUGAAAAGCUACGAAGGCAUAGAUUCCAACAACGAUGAUCUCCUUAAGGCAAAGUAUCAAGAGAUUCUAGACUACUGCUCUAACCAUGAAAAGAAAAUCUACAAGUCUUUCGGUGAUUCUGACUCAGCCGAGUUUGCUCUCAUGGAUGAAGCGCUAAAGCAACCAGUACCUAUAGAUUUGACUGAAAUUUACGAAGUAUUCGAAUUCUAUCCUGAUUACUUUGCUAGCGAUCUAUUUAAAUCUAUUGAGUCUAUCGAUCCAAAGUUUGGUGAGCUAUUAAAUGAUUUGGAAACUCUUCCAGAAGGAAAAGACUUAGAAGAAAAGAACGAUGAAAUCGAUACUUAUUUGGCCAACAAAGAAACUCCUAUUUACAUUGCAAUGAAUGACACGCAAUCCUCUUCUUUCUCAGAUCUUAGAUCCAUACUAGAUGCUGAAUGGGAGAAAAUGGAAUCUACAGUGACUGCCGAUAAGCUUGUAGAAUACGUUGUUCAAAAUGGCUUGGAUAGCGAUGGAUUCAAGCUCAUCUCUAAGAUUGAUCCUGAGUUCGCAAGCCUCACAGAGGAACUUUGUACUGAAAAGGACAAUGAAAAGGCAAUGGCAACCUAUGCCAAAAUACAAGAAUAUUUGCAGGAACCAAAUUCUAUUGUUGGUGCUUUAGAAGAUAAGGAGUCUUUAAACUACCAACUUCUUGCUGAUCAAAUUUUCCUUAAAUCAGAAAAUGAAACAGAUGUUUUGUCUGUUACUGAAACUCCCGCAGAGAAUAUAGCUCAAGUUGAGCCAGUUUUUGAAAGAACUGAUUCUGUGCUUGAAAACUUAAAAAAAGAAGAUCAAUCAAGACUUCCUGAGGAUGUCGCAAAAAUGAAUGAAAUGUAUGAUAUGGCAAUUGACAUAAUUGACGAAAUUGAAGAAGAAUUGACUAGUAAUACCUUUAUUCCAGUUUCCCGCCAAGUCAGUGCUAAAUUGGACAAACUUCUAGGAUUUCAGCCUUCUACUGAACAAGUGACUACUUCUGAGGAUUUGAAGGGUAAAAGCCUACCAAAGCAAAAAGAUGAAGUUUUAGAGCUUGCUGUCAAUAUCAUCAUGAAGGAUGGUAAAAAGGAAGUAGCAAGAACUAACUUGAACAGAGCACUUUAUUUAUUAUUUUUGGAAACAAGAAGCAACCCUGUUGAGAAAUUAAAGGAGGCAUUAGAUAUUGUUGCACCUAUUGUCGUUACCAAAACAGUGAAAACUGGAUUUGCAAAAAACUACACUGUUCCUGUACCAUUAACACAGAGGCAAAGAAAUAGAAUGGCGCUUUUGUGGAUAUUAAAUUCCUCCGAUUCGAAAGCGUCGAAUGAUUUCGCUGUUAGAUUAUGCGAUGAAAUUCUUCACGUUCUAUCUGGAAAGUCUUCCUUAAUGGACAAGAGAGUUUUGAGCCACAAAAUGGCCAUUGCUAAUAGAUCUUACCUUUCUAUCUAGAUGCAUACUAUCAUUAAUAUGCCUCUUUUUUUCUGUACAUAAUUUAUAGAACCCACCCCAAAAAUCAAACUGAUGAUUGUAAUUCAUCUUUUUCGCGAGGCUUCCUCACAUUAUUUACACGUUUCGGG